AUGGAUCAAGCAUCCGACAAUCCUUCGCCGUUGCACACUAUUGUAGUAGUGGCCAAGUGUCCCAUUCCGGGAAAGAGCAAAACGAGAUUGAUACCCAAACUCAAGGAAGAAGGGUCGGCAAAAUUGGCCAAGGCCAUGCUAUCGGAUGUUCUCAUCACACUCUCCGAAUGUGCGCAACUGGCAAAGGUUCGAAAGAUUCUCUUUUAUGCUCCCGCCAACGACCAAGGCAAGACCAUCAUGAACAAUCUACUACAAGAACUGGAUCUAUCUACUUCUUCUACCACCACCACAAGUAGUGAUCAUCCACAACCACGAGAUUGGAUGCUGCUACCCAUGAUUUCGCAAGACUUGACGUCGCCCAAUCUAGGGGAUAUCCUCACGGAUAUUCUUCAGCGCACUCGUGCCCUGCAAAAUAAUGGCAAUGUCGUCUUUUUGGGAAUGGAUUCUCCCGAAUUGCCAAUGGAAGAAAUUGUGGCGGCAAUCAACAAUAAUCAACAACACGCCGUGUUGUGUCCGGCCAACGAUGGUGGCUAUGGCAUGUUGUCCGUGCCACGAAACGCACCGGCGGACAGAAUAUUUCAAGGAAUUCGGUGGUCCGACCCCUUGACGGCACUGGGACAAAUCAAGGCAUUGACCGAUGCCAAUAUCCCAGUACAACUGGGUCGAUUGAUGAAUGAUAUUGAUGAAGAAGAGGAUUUGGAGGCUCUGUGUCAACGAUUAUUGGCAACCGCAGGAAAAGAUGAUAGAAUCACAAACGCAAACGAACAUGAUAAUCAGCAGCAGAACGGAAACGACGAUGUUUUACUCCAGAGCAGCAGUGGCAGUCAGGGACCAUCCAUCACAGGGUCGUGUCCAAAUACACGACAAAUUUUGCAAGAGUUGAAUCUUCUGUCGACCCCAUGA